AGGGUGUAUGUGACAAGACGUAUUCCACAGAAGGGUGUUGAUGUGCUACUAAGAGAUUGUAAUGUUUCUAUGUGGGAUUCAGAAAGUGCCGUGCCUCGAGGCGAACUUCUUUUGAAUAUUGCUGGUGUCGACGCCAUUUUGUGUAUGGCCCACGACGUCAUUGACGCAGAAGUUAUAGCUGCUGCAGGACAGAAUUUGAAGGUAAUAGUCACUAUGUCUAGCUCUAUUGAAGAUAUAGAUAUGGAAACGUGUAAAAAGAGAGAUAUUCGUGUAUUGGAAUGCCCUAAAACUGGAUCUGAGAGUGUAGCAGAUUUAACAGUAGCAUUGAUAUUGUUAACACUAAAGAAAGCACUAUCUGAAGUCAACAAAGCAUAUUGGAAAAGAUGUUCUAAUUUAACCUUUGGUAUCUAUGGAUUAAAUUCAGUAGGAGAAACGGUUGCUCGCAAGCUCAAAUCUUAUGGUAUUAAAACUGUGAUUGCUCAUGAUGUACACCCUUAUAAAAUGGUUAAAAACAUUGAACCAGAAAUAAAAUUAGUCGGAUGGGAAGAACUUCUUGAGAAGUCUGAUGUUUUGUGUAUUUGUGACAUUGAUGAUGAACGUUCAAAGAAACAAUUUGAUGAAGACACAUUUGAUAUGAUGAAGCCGAAUGCUGUUGUUGUUCUUGGAGAUAGGCGUCAAACAGAAGGCAAUGUUAAUUUCGUCCAUUUGUAUCAAACACUCAAAGAUGGGAAAUUUGACGCACUUGGAAUAAACUCUUGCAAUCAAGGUCCUGUACCUUACCAAUAUCCUUUAUCAGGACUUCAUAAUUGCGUUUUUCUCCCGCAAACUCAGGAGAGUUCAUUCGAUCAACGUCACAAAACGGCUGUUGCAAUGGCGGGAAAAUUAUUG